UGGUCUAUUGGAAUUUCCUAGUUCUGUUUGAUUUCAAAUAAUAAGUUUAAAAGUAUGUUUUUAAAAUGUACCUGUAUAAAAAGAUUUUUAUUUGUAGCUAGGAUCACAUGAAUACAGAUUCAAUGAGGGUGAAUUACAAUGGUUUAUAUAUUCCAGACAGAAAGUUCAGCAAUAUAAAGAAAAAGUCUAUUGCAAAUUUAUGGUCCCUUUCUAUUUACAUGUAGCUACAGAAAUAUAAAGGAAUGGAUCUGACACACCUUCUUCCCACUACAUCUUUUUAUAAUCCAACAAAAACCACCUCAUCUAUGGUGAAUCACACUUGUAAUUUGCCAGAUUCUACAACAGAAUCACCAACAACAACUCAAAUGGAUCCACUUAGCUUACAACAGCCUGGACAGAACUACUUACAACAAAUCACACCCAGCUGUCACUCAAAUGCUAUGUUACACCCACAUAAACAGGAUAGCGAUGUGUUAGAUUCAUUAAACUCGUUAAACGAUCGUGAAGUGGAGGAGUUUACAAAUCUAAUAUCUGACGUAUCUGUGUCAGUAGUUGUUGACAGCACUCAACAGAGAGAGACAUUGAUAGAUUUACCACAAUACAUUGAAAAUGAACCUCAACAACAACAACAACAAUAUACAGCUCCAAAUCUGACAGAACAAAUCAAUCUGAGUUCAAUAUCACAACUCAUUCAACCAGACUUAGACAAGUCAGAAAAAGUACCGGAACAUGCAAUAGGACAAGUUAAUGCUUGUAUUACAAGUAGUGAACCUGAUUUUUCAAGUUAUCCUCCCCAUUGUAAAUGUGAAUUUAUUGAUAAACUUGUUGCAGUAGAACAAAUUUGGAUGUGUAGAGGUCAGUUAUAUUUCCUUCCACAGAUUGCCAUUGUUGUCAUUGGUAACAGAGAGUAUGCCGGAAUAUUUCACAAUCAGAAAAAUGGAUACAUUGCCGUAGGUGAGAUUAUUGAAAAAAUGAUGCCUCAGUAUGAGUCUGACUUGAUAGGAUUUCUAAAGAGAAAGGAAGAUGUUGAUCAGUGCACUAUGACAACACAGGAGAUUGGUUAUCUCCAGCAAAGGAAUUGUAUUGGUCCGACAUGUCGGUACUCAGUGGCUGUAUCAUUAAACACACUACGUCAGAUGGCUCAGUUCAUUGUCAUGUAUGAAGGAGAUAAACCAGGAUUUGACAACAAAAUAAAAGAUAUUGCUAAUGGUAACUAUUAUAAGAAGGUACUACAAAGACAUGUGCGCUGUGGAAAUUGUGGAGGAAUAAUUCUUUAUAGCAAAGAACAGGAGGAGUAUGUUAAGAUAAACAAAGAAACCAAGAUUGGAGAAAAUGAGUCAAAAUGUUUUUCUGUUGGAUUUAUUAAAUUAGGAAGUUUUAGAUUUGUUGCAUUUAAAAUGGAUAAUAGAAUUUAUGUCUCAUUUAAAGAACUAUGUCAAAAUCAGGUGAUAAAAUUACAGGUGCUUCAAGCUCGUCUUGGUGCUCUACGCCAACGUCCUCGCCUUGCACCAAGUAUACUGAACAGUUAUUUGAAUACACCAGAUUACAGUGUUGCAAACACCAUGUGGAUUGACAUUGCUACCUUAAGAUGUGUAUGUUGCAUGGGAAAAUGCUCCCCUGGUUUCAAUUCAGAAUUAUAUACUUGCUUUGCUACAGUAAAUUUCAGUGAAGAUUUUGUGACAAAUAUCUUUGGUAGGGAUGAUCAUCAGUCAGACAAUGAUGUAUAUACAAUGGAUCCUAAAACAUUUGAGGUUGUGAUGAAGAAAACAAGUAUGAAAACAAGUUCAGUUCGAUCUAAAACUCCAAAUUUAAGUAGAUCUAAACAAAAACCAACGCUGAAAUCAUUUGAGUUGUCAACCAAACAAGUUGUUGGUUAUGAAACUCCUGAAAAGCUGAAUGAGUCGGCAUUUGUUUUUGAUAAACCUAUGGAAGAUUCUUUGUCUGAUCAUAACUUAUUUAGGGAGAAAAAAAGUAAAUCAAAUAAAACUCCAAAGACCAACAAGACAAACAAAGAUGAAGAAACAUAUGUUUUUGAAGAUAAAAAAAGUGCGAUUAAUUUCUUAACAAAGAACAAUUAUUUGCAAGGGGAAACAAUUCCUGAAACUAAAAAGGAUCCAAAGAAGAAAAAUAAAGAAGAUGCUAAGUAUGUACCAGGAAAAACUCCAACUUUUAGAGUGAAACCAGCAGAAAAGCCAUAUAGUUUUGAUGGAAGUUCAAAAAAAGGGCAAAACAAAAAUUCUGGCUCUGAAAAUAUCAAAAUAACUGUGAAAGAUGAUCGUGUCAUGUUGACAGUUGCAACAAAGAAAACCCCUAAUAAUAAAAAAUCAAAAUCUAAGGCUUCAAGGAGGAGGCAAAAGAAAGAAAUAGAACAAGAAGAUUCUGAAAUAAUUUCAACUAAUACAACCAGAAGUACAACUCCUGAAAUAAUUUCAACUAAUACAUCCAGCAUUGCAACUCCUGAAAUAUGUGAUACUGAUGAGACUCAGGAUGCUGUAGACACUAUUGUAAACAAUUUUCAAUUAAGCCCUGAACAUCCAGGAAGAUCAAAUGUUGAGAUAGAAAACAUAGGGAUAACUCCAAGAACGGAAUCUCGUAUUUUAUCUGGCAUAGAUUUGGAUGGGAGUAUAAGUAAUAUGUUUGAAACACCAUCAUCACAGGGUAACGUUGUUGUAGAAAUGAUGGAUAAUAGUGACGAGCAUCCAUUAACAGGCAGCACUUCACCUCUAAGUAGAUUAUACCAACAGUUUGAAGAUUUUGAAAAAACAAAUUCACCUGACAUUGUCCUUACAAAUCAAACUGACACAAUAUACAGAGAAAAUUCACAUAUUUCUAGCUCAGAAACUGAGUUAAGUUUGCAACUUAGAAACGAGACUGAAAUGCCACUCAAUCUAUCAGCCUCAAAGCAAGGGCAGAUUUUAUCAAAGGCAGAUAAUUCCGAUUGGCAGAAAGUGAGUGAUUCAAUAGGUGACAUUGAGGAGACUCAAAAAUACUCAGACACUACUUUUGUUAAAACAAUAUCAACUAUUCCUGCCAUGAAUUCAUCAGAAACUCAAAAUAUUGAUCUCGUUCAGAAAUUUGAAUUGAGGGAAAAUGUUGGACACAUUACAUUACAAAACUUGGUUUCUCCUCAUAUAGAGGACAAAAGUUGUCAAAGUGACCAGUCUGAAGAAAGGGAGAAAAGAGCUAAAACAUUAAGUCCAACAAAACCCAACAGUGGAUCGUGUCAGAAUUCUCCUAUUUCAAAACUCAAAAAGCCAUCAUCAUCAAACUCGCCUGUAUUUAAGAAAUCGGGUAAAAUCGAUAUGAAUCAUGCGAAAGUUAAAAAGUUGUCAGAGUUGGGAGACCAUCCUUUGGACUUGUUAGCUUCCCUGGCUGAAGUGAUCACAGAUGAAACAGAAAACCAACAAACAAUGGCGGGAAAUGAAGAUGCUGAUGUCUCCAUCGAUCAGCAAAAUGAUGAGACUUUAAAAUAUGAAGAAGUUGAUCAAUCCAAAAUAGACAAAUCAAUUCCAGAGAAUGAGUUUACUUAUUUUGAUCCAGUUCCAGACUUGUAUGAAAGUAAAGAACAUAUUGAGUUGUGUACAUUUGCUGAUGAAAAUUCAAACAUUGACAAGGUAGCAUUCAGUACUAAAGCUGAGAAUACUUUUAGAAGUGAAUUCUCUAGUGAAGAGAGCAGAGACAGGAUAUGUAAAUUUCUUGAUGAGGUUGAAAGUCACAUGACUAUUGAACCAUAUAAGGACACAAGUACAGGUCACUGGAAAGUCAGGAUAAGGUUAAAACCUGGUGCAAAGGAGACAUAUCUAGGUUUGUAUGGAAGUGAAACAGACAAGAAGAAGAGGAAUAUGUUUUUCUCAUUUCUUGGAAAACUUCAUCUACCUGAAAACAUUCCGAAUAUUGAAAGGAAUAGUGAACAAAUUGACACACCUUCAGAGCAUAGUAACAAAUCAUUUAAAACAACUGAGACAUCACUUGGGCAUCCACAAUCCAAUUCUAAGACAAAAUUGAAAUCCUCAAGAUCUAACAAAGCUAAAAAAUCAAAACAUUCAAAAAAGUCUGGUAACAAAUCUAGUCACAAUUCCAAAAAGAAUAAUUUAGCAUUACAGUUGUUUGGUUCAGGCAGAAGUGAUAAUAAUUCAAAGAAUUCUCCAGGUAAAAAGAAACAUCUAGAACAGUUUAUUUCUAGUGUGAACAAAGAAAGCUUUGGAAGAAAUGAAUCAUGUACUAGUCCCAAUACUCAUAGUUCAAUGAAAAGAGCAAGGCAGUCACCUCUAGAACACAACAAAUCUAAGAAGCUAAAGUCCCACUGAUAAAAUAGUAUGGGUCAAGAAAUAUAUAAGUUGAACUAUCUAGUCGGGGAAGUUUCUCCAUGUGAUAUAGCAGCAACAUUGAUGAUAUUUACAAUUUUCAAGAGGCAAAGCGUUGUAUGAAGAUUUAUAUAAUGCUGAGUCAACAAAUAAAGUAUCCCUUGAUACCUUGAGGACUGAUGCAACUAGGAUUGAUGUCAUGUGACAUUUUGAAAAAAAAUCGGUAUCAUUUCAGAAAGAUUUUAAUUAUUGUGUGUUAAGUGUACAUAUGUUUGCUCUGAUGUUACACAAGUAAACAACUACUUAGGGAAAGAGUGACUAGAUUUAAGAUAUCUUGAUUGCCUCAGAAUUUUUUUUAUUAACGGCAAUAAAUAUAUUGUAUCACUAUCUACAACCAUGUAUUGACAAUCAAACAUAUCAGUUAUUAGUUUUCCAGUUUAUUUCUCUGUGUUAUGUUGAUGUUAUACAACAAAAGGUGCUAUGUUUAAUUAUGUUAUAGUUUUGUUAACUUUUUUGCCCCGCCUACUUUAGUAGGAGGCAUUAUGUUUUUCUGAAUCUGUUUGUUAGUUUACUCUGUAUGAUGGUCAAGUUUUUGGUUGAGACAAUUAGUAACAAUGAAUUUUAUUUUAUCAACUGGAAAUUUAGUACAUUUAUCAUUUGCUUAUUCAUUAUGAUUUGAAAUUUAAAAAUUAUACACCAAAUUAUAUUUUUGAAACAAAUUUCAUGGGUGACUAAACAAACAUAUGGGUAUUGAAAAUUAGUAUAUUCUCAGGUUAAAGUGAAGAUAUUGUUUCUCUUGCCCUAGCAGCAAGCUAAAUUUCAUAAAAAAAACUGUGAGAUUGUCCAUGUAAAUGUAUGUUCCUAUUACAUAUUUAAAGGUUGUAAACAAUUAACUUUUAGGGAUUACGAUACAGUUACAGGGAAGGUAAUGACGUUGCUCACGUAAUUUGUUAUUUUCGCGACGUCAAACUGUGACAUAUCGGAAAAGGAUGCAUUUUUCGACUGAUUUUUAUCAUUCAAACUGAUUUAAUUUGAAAACGAGUUCAUGGACCCCUAUUUUUCAAAACGGCAUUUUGUUUCAUUUUGCAGAGAGAUUAUGUGACCCAAAUUUUAUAAAACUGUAAAUACAGGACUUUUUUAAAUUUUGAUAAACAUGCAGUAAAAAAUGACGUUUUCUUCUCAAUUCAUGAACAUUUGAUAAAUAUGAGUUAUUUCUGAAUAAAAAUUGCAUAUUUUUAAUAUUUAUAAAAUACAGAAAUUACCGAUUAUUUAACAAAAAACAAUUUGUGUUUAUCUUUUAUAACAAAAAAGUUAUGUCUUUCUUUCGAAAAAGAAAUUACGGCCACAAAUCUUAAUUUUGAGCAAAUAUACAAAAUUUCGACCUCAUUUUACUCAAAAAGUAGCACAUGAAAGUAUAUUUUUUAUUACAUAUUUGAUUUAAUCAGGUAAAAAAUAGCAUCUGUGCAAAUUUUCAUGAACCUGUAAAUACAGGAUCAAAACUGUAUCGUAUGCCCUUAAUAAACUGCUUUUGCCAAAAAUCUUGCCCUUGAUCUAAGAAAAAUUCAUGUAAACUACACUUUUCCUUUUGAAUUAAAAUCUAUUUUCAUUAACCUUAUUAUAUAUACCAAAAAAGAUUGAUUUUGACAGUACUAAUGUUUUCUGUUCAUAGUAUGCCGUAAGCAGGUGUACCAGUGAUCACUAUAUCACAUAAUUCUAGUUAUAAAAAUGUUUUCCUAAUUCAAAGUAUUCUUGUUAAACAUGUUAAAUGUUGAAUUGAUUUAUAGUAUAAUUAUUUAAUAAAAGCAUUUAAUUGCAUUCUACAAUUAUGGUACAUGUGACGAAGUGUAAUAGUGUUAUUGAAAAAUUAAUUGCUGAUGUUCUUUUUGUAUUUAUAAGAUAUGCAUCAUACAUUACAAUAAUGAAGUCAACUUUCAGCUUUGUUAAAUGUUGAAACAAAAGAUAAAUGAAACUAUGGAAAAUAAUUAAGUAAUUUCUUUUCUUUUUUUGAAGAAUAAAUGUUUGAUUUCUCCACAGAUAGGAUGAAACAACACAUGGUUAGUGUAGUUUUGUAAGAUAAUUUUUUUUUAAAUUUAUGUAUAUGAAUUAGAGGACAAAGUCUCAAUAGUGUACAUCAAAGAUUAUUUUAACAUUUGAUGCAAAAUUAAUUCUGUUUUUAAUCAUAUUUGGAAAUAAAGUUUUAUAUAGUUAUUUACAAUUUUGUAACAAUAAAUUAAAUGAUACAUUUCAUAUAUGUAUAUAAAAAAUGUAUUCAGGUUUCUUAAAUGAGGUUUAUUUUUUACCAAAUGAUUAGUGUUUUCGUUCAGGGACUGGCACAUGCAUGUAUGAAAUCAAAGAGUAUGAUAUAGAGUUGCAAAUUUUGAAAAACAAAACUAGUUAUUCAAUUAUCAAAAGUUUAUAAGAACUUUGAUUAUAAAAUUUAUAUCAAUUAUUAUUUUCCUCGGAUACCAUUUAAUAAACAAACAAAAAAAAUGAAUUUUAGUAAAUUGGAAAAUAACAUUGCUUUUAUUCUCAGACAAAAAGAUAUUUCUAAAUGAAGCAGUUUUUCAAAUGAUUAUUCAGUACAUUAACAUCAUGUGGUCAGUUGUUUUAUUAGCAUUUGUUAACAGUUUGUUUUUAAUUUGAAAUUUUAUUUUGUAUAUAAGACAGACUUAGAAACGGUCAAUUUUAAUGAUAAGUAAAAUAGCUUAAUGCCUAAGUUUAUUUUUUUAAGAUAUGGUAGAUGCCAGAGCAAUAAACUUCUAUUAACAAUAGUACAGGCAUCUUGUUAACUUGAUAUGCAACUUUGAUAGAUGUUUUUAUUUUGAGAUUUAGUAAUUUGAACAUGUACUUGUAACGUGAACAAAAUAGUGUAAUAUCUUGUUAGAAGUUUGUAAUUAGUAGUAAUUCAUGGUUAAAUAUAAGUAAUCCUUUUCCCAUUUUAUCAAAUUGUCUUUUGGUUAGUUUUUUUUUCCAUAAAACAGAUACAUAAUUUGAAAGUUUUGUACAAAUCACAUAAUUAUUUUCUAUCCCUUGUAUUAAAAGUCUCAAGACCAGCCAAAUAGUGAGACAUGUAUUGUGUUAAAAAAUAAGAUUACCUGUUUAAUCAUAAUAUUUAUGAUGAAGUUUUCUUUCAUACUUACAGAAGAUAAAGAAAAUUAAUUUGAUAUUCCAAGUCCUGAUUACAUUGAAAGAAUAGUUAAGGAUUAUUAAACACCUACUACUGCAUAAAACAUUUCAAAUCAAUUUCUAAAUUAUAUAUUGAAGUGUUUUCUAUAGUAAUAUCAUAAAUUUAUGACUGAGAUUCACAAAUUAUUUACCAAUUGCUGCAUAGGUUAAUUACAAGAUAAAUUUCCAAUGUAGAACUUCAUGGGGGCCACUAUAAGCAAGGGAGAUAACUACUAUGAUAAUGGGAGACAAUUGUUGAUAAAACUUUGUUCUUUUUGUUACUGGUAUUUCAGCAAAACAUUUCACAUUUGUUGCAAUAAUUAAAUGUCUGAUUGUCAAAUUACCCAUUUACUGUGAAAUUGAGAGAGAAAAAACAGCAAAUAACAAAGAAAUUCUGAAAUGCUUUAAUGAAAGAUAUUGAAAUUGUCAAUGAAGUUUAUUGCUCUGUUUAAAAUAAAUGGAAAAGUAUCCAUAAUCAAAUUAUAAGAUAAAUGUAUAAUUAGGGUUUUUGUAAAACAGUUGUCUAUUACUUGAACAGUUCUAACAAUAAAAUAUUUCCUACUAAGGUAAUUAAUCAUAGGUACCUUUGGUGAUAGUUUUAUGAAUGUUUAUCAGUGUUUCCUUGCAAUAUUUUACAGUUAUGGAAGGAAAAAGGUUGUCUAAAAAUGUUUUGUUAUUUAAAUUCUUAUUCUCAGUACUGUUCCAACAGUUUGAUUUAUCAAAAAUAUCAGAGGAUUUCUUUUAAAUUGAAUUUAUUAUGAGUAAUGAUAUAUUAUAACUUACCAUUGUUUUAACAUUAUAAUUUUACAACAGAUUAUGAGAGUAUAAUGAGACAGUUUACAAAUUAAAAAACAGUUGUAACAAGUUAUUGCAUACAUUUUCAUCAUACAUGUACAUCACAACUAUCAUGGUCAUUAAACUUUCAAGUUGAAUAAAUUUUUUAAAGUUUA